AUGGCUGAGAAAGACGUUCCAAGCCUAAUAGAAGAGGAAAAUGCCAUCAGGAAGGAGUUAAAAGUUUGUGAGGAAGAUCUAGAGAACAUUGGUGCCUUGGCUAUUCGUAUACAAUCCUUUUCAAGGUCUGUCUCCAACCUGGAUCCUUCAGAGCCCGAGGCUGAAAGAUUAUCUAAACAAGCUGAUUUGUUUAGCAAAUCUAUUUUGAGACUCGGAAACCAGAGAUCUAAGAAGAGAAGCGAAAUGAGGGAGGAAAUGACCAAAUCCAAGGCUAACACAGAAAAAGAGUACAUGGAAAACACAAAUAUACCUCAGCCCAUCAGUGACGAUGACUUCUUUUCUUCUAGCACAAAAAGAAUAAAUGAUGUAUUAAUGAAUGCCAUGGAUGCAUUCGAGACAGUCAAAAGGCAAAACGUGUAUAUAAACAGGACAAGUGAAAGAAUAAGGGCCAGCUUGAGCCAGAUAGGCCUUAGUAAACAGCUUAUUGAUCAGAUCGACAAGAGGUAUUUAUCAGACAGAGUACUUUUUAUGGGAGGAAUCGUUUUACUUGUUAUUAUGUUCUUCCUUCUCAGGUUUUUUUUAUAA